GUUUAGUUUAAAGCUCAGAGCUGUACCUGCCUCUGGGGGUUCUUCUGAGGAGGCUGCUGCUGUCAGCAUGGCUCAAGCGUUUGUGAACAGCAAAAUCAGUCCUGGAAAGGUGGUUGUGUUCAUCAAACCCACCUGCCCCUACUGCAAAAAGACCCAAGAGAUCCUCAGACAAUUGCCCUUCAAAGAAGGGCUUCUGGAAUUCGUGGAUAUUACAGCCACCAGCAACACAGAUGAGAUUCAGGAUUAUUUGCAACAGCUGACGGGCGCCAGAACGGUACCCCGGGUGUUCCUCGGUAGAGACUGCAUAGGGGGCUGCAGUGAUUUGACCGCCUUGCAGCAAAACGGGGAGCUGGUGCCCCGGCUGAAGCAGAUCGGCGCCCUGCAGUGACUCCAGCAGAACAGACCCCGUGCUGCUGUCCUGCCUUGAGAACUGGAUGACAUGGAGAAGGAUGAUGGCAUUUCCUGGUCACGGGAUUUGGAGCAAAACCAGCCUUUUGUUUUCUUCUUUUGCCUCAGAAUUAAAAAGUAGACCACCUUGCCCUUCAUCAUGGGGCCAAGGAGGUUGAUGGAC